AAAAAAAUUAAUGGCAACAGUGAAGAGAAUCAAGCUUGGCUCACAAGGGCUGGAGGUUCCAGCUCAAGGCUUAGGCUGCAUGGGCAUGUCGGCCUUCUAUGGCCCUCCAAAACCUGAACCUGAAAUGAUCGCUUUGAUCCACCAUGCCAUCAACAGUGGCAUCACUUUUCUUGACACUUCUGAUUUUUAUGGACCUCACACCAAUGAAAUUCUUCUCGGCAAGGCUUUGAAGGGCAGGGUGAGAGAAAGAGUUGAAUUGGCCACUAAAUUCGGUGCCCGCUUUGAGGAUGGCAAGUUGGAAAUUCAUGGCGAUCCGGCUUAUGUGAGGGCUUCCUGUGAGGGGAGCUUGAAGCGGCUUGAUGUUGAUUGUAUUGAUCUUUACUAUAUACAUCGCAUUGACACUCAAGUUCCUAUUGAAGUCACGAUGGGGGAGCUGAAAAAACUAGUUGAAGAAGGCAAAAUAAAGUAUAUAGGUUUAUCUGAGGCAUGUGCUUCAACAAUUAGACGAGCUCAUGCUAUUCAUCCGAUAACAGUUGUGCAGUUAGAAUGGUCCUUAUGGGCAAGAGAUGUGGAGGAAGAGAUUGUUCCUACUUGCAGGGAACUUGGCAUUGGUAUUGUUGCAUACAGUCCUCUAGGACGAGGAUUCCUUUCAUCAGGGCCUAAGUUGCUUGAAAACAUUUCAAAGGAUGAUUUUAGACAGAAUACACCCAGGUUGCAACCUGAAAAUCUUGAUCAUAACAAGAAGUUAUUCGAGUGUGUUCAUGAGAUAGCAGCAAAGAAAGGAUGCACCACAUCACAGCUUGCACUAGCAUGGGUUCAUCACCAAGGAGAUGAUGUUUGUCCAAUUCCUGGAACCACCAAAAUCGAAAACUUCAAUCAAAAUAUUAAAGCGUUGUCUGUGAAACUAACUCCAGAAGAAGUGGCUGAACUGGAAUCCAUUGCUGCAGCAGAUGCUGUAAAGGGUGAAAGAUAUAAGAGUGGCUUUGCUACGUACAAGAACUCCGAAACUCCGCCACUGUCUUCAUGGAAACACUAUCCUAAGAGCUUACCUAAUCGUGUCAUCACCCAGCCAACCCACUCAAAACACUAUAGAAGGCGAUGCAAAGGCAAAGCAAUCCACACUACACAACCCCACUUCAUAGUCUCACUCUCACUCUCAAACUCAUUUACUCUACCUCAAAAUUCAACCAGAACCACAGAGAAAUUAAUGGCGACAGUGAAGAGAAUCAAGCUUGGCUCACAAGGCCUGGAAGUUUCAGCUCAAGGCUUAGGCUGCAUAGGCAUGUCUGCCUUCUAUGGCCCUCCAAAACCUGAGCCUGAAAUGGUCGCCUUGAUCCACCAUGCCAACAACAGUGGUGUCACUUUACUCGACACUUCUGAUGUAUAUGGACCUCACACCAAUGAAACUCUUCUCGGCAAGGCUUUGAAGGGAGGGAUGAGAGAAAGAGUUGAAUUGGCCACUAAAUUUGGUGUCAGCUUUGCGGACGGCCAGAUGGAAAUACAUGGUGAUCCAGCCUAUGUGAGGGCUGCCUGUGAGGCGAGCUUGAAGCGGCUAGGUGUUGAUUGUAUUGAUCUUUACUACCAACAUCGGAUUGACACUCGAGUUCCCAUUGAAGUCACGAUUGGGGAACUCAAAAAACUAGUUGAAGAGGGAAAAAUAAAGUAUAUUGGUCUAUCCGAAGCAUCUGCUUCAACAAUUAGACGAGCUCAUGCUGUUCAUCCAAUAACAGCUGUGCAAUUGGAAUGGUCCUUAUGGUCACGAGAUGUGGAGGAAGAUGUUGUUCCUACUUGUAGGGAACUUGGCAUCGGGAUUGUUGUAUACAGUCCUCUAGGACGAGGAUUCUUUUCAUCAGGGCCUAAGUUGCUUGAAAACAUUUCAAAAGAUGAUUUUAGACAGUAUUUUCCCAGGUUGCAACCUGAAAAUCUGGAGCAUAACAAGAAGUUAUUUGAGCGUGUUAAUGAGAUAGCAGCAAAGAAAGGAUGCACCACAUCCCAGCUUGCACUAGCCUGGGUUCAUCACCAAGGAGAUGAUGUUUAGUUGAGAAUACGAAU